AUGUCUGCCAAACACUACAAGUUCGAUGUCACAAUGGCCUGCUCUGGCUGCUCUAAUGCUGUCAAUCGUGUGCUCACGCGACUCCCAGGAGUGAAGAAUGUCGAGAUUUCGCUCGAGAAACAGACGGUCGACGUGAUAAGCGACCUAGACUACGAUACAGUGCUGCAGGCCAUCUCGAAGACGGGAAAGAAGGUCAACGGUGGCACAAUUGUGAGCGCAUAG